GUGUACACGCAAGUCAUGAUAAAAAACUCUUCCUUCAAAAAUUAAAAAACAUAACAAUUCCGCAGUAAAAUUUUAAUUUUAUUUUACUCAGUUUUUUAUUAAAAUGGAAGAUACAAGAAAAAUACAAAUAGCCGAAAAUAAGUUUCCUAUGCUUAUUAUGGGUGAUGAAAAUAGGUUUUUAAAAACUACAUAUUUCCAAUAUAUACAAUAUUGUGAAAGUCUUAGUGCUUCAUUUUUUAAGGGACGUUCAACAGAAGUUCAAAAUAAUAUUUUAAAAGCAAAUUUUGGAUUAACAAAUGAAGACAUACUCAGUUGGGAGAAUAGAGCCUCUUGUUACCAAAUGACUCCUCAAAGUUUCUCAUUUUUUUUACAUGUUGCUAUGUACUCUGCUUCUCAUGGUUUUAACGCAGUAUAUGAUGGGAUACAACAGAGAUAUGCUGAAAGAAAGCAAAUAAUGAAUGUUGUGAGAAAACAUGAGGAUAAGUCUAAAAAAAGAAAGGCUAAAAAGAAUAAAAAGAAAAAACACCAAACUGUUGAUUCUGAUUCUGAUCCAUUAACAAAUGAUGAAUCAGAUGAUUAUAUGCGAAAUACUGUUGAUGAUGAUGAUCAAAUAGGUGAUGAUCAAGAUGUUAAUAUAAAUCGAUAUCAAUAG